AUGGCCCUGUUGAACAAGGAUGAGCAUUAUUUCUGGAAUUUAUUCUGGAAAGCAACUCUGAUUUAUCUGGGACAGUGUCUGCUCCUAGCCACAACUUCUUUUCUCACAUGGCUGUUGUACAUAUGCAUGCGAAAAAAUCUAGUUACUGCAUUACAUAAGAUGUACUUCCGUAAAAACGCGUACUACCAACUGAACUCCGUUGAUAACUCUGGAAUCGAUAACCCGGAUCAACGAAUUACACAAGAUGCUGAGCGUAUGUGUUCGACACUUGCCAAAAACAUUUUUCCUUACAUCCUUAUCUCACCGGGAGUAAUCGCGUAUUAUACUUACAAGACCUGGGUAAUAGCUGGUCCAUUUGGAGUUGCUAUUAUCUACAUUUACUUCGUCGUGGGAGUCAUAGCGAACCGCCUUCUUGUAUCGCCGUUAACUAAAUGGACAGCCAGAGUUGAGCGAGCGGAAGGUGAUUUCAGAUACAAGCAUGUAUCUGUGCGGAAUAACGCGGAAGAGUCAGCUUUCUAUGACGCGGCGGAUUCGACGAGCACGAAAGUAAUCGCUUUCUCACGUCUUUACUCAAGAAGCAAAUGGCGGCCAACUUAUGGAAGUACCCAGCACAAUAACUUUUUCGACUACUAUGGUGCUAUUCUUAGUUACCUCAUUCAAGUGUUUCCGAUAUUUAUUUUUCACAGCUACAAUGAUAUGGAUCCUGGAGCGCUGGGCAAGCAGAUCAGUAACAACGCUUUCUACUUUAUUUAUCUGAUCAACAGUUUCACUCGCUUGACAGAUUUGGCUAUGAAUGUUGGGGAAAUGGCAGGGUAUUCUCAAAGAAUAGCGGAACUGGUUCGUCACAUGAAAAGUAGUCAUGAAGGUGAGACAAGCUUCUGGAGCUGUGGAAGUGGCGAAGAAUCUCCAGAUCUACUAGUUUAG